UUCAGAUUUCAACUCAUGGUAAAGUCUUUACAACCUUAAAAAAAAACAAAAAAAAAACAACCACCGCCACCAUAUUUUUCUAAACCGUGCAAAACACACUUGAAUGUGUGCCAUAAAUUCUUAACUUCACAGUACAAGCUAAGCUUGCAGCCAAAAUGAGAUUAGCCCUGCACACCAUCAUCUGCUGCUGUGUUUUCACCACAGUCCUGCCACUGGUGAAAUGUGACACAGGGGAGCUCAACUUCAACCUGAAGAAAAGGUUUAGAGUGUGGCUGCAAGGCCAUAUGAAGAGAGACCUGGGCAACAUCUUAAUCACGGCCAAAGAACCGUCCUCUGACGUCCAUGUUGGACAGGAGCAGGAUGAGAAUGGACAAGUGGUUUUGUCUCCAUUGAGCAGAACCAAGAGGACACCAUCUGGCUGUGCCCUCGUCACAUGUGUAAACCACGACCUGAUCUACCGUCUGCUCAGGAUAAACAACAAUCAAAAAGAUGCCGUUGCCCCUGAGAAGAAGAUUGGCUCGGGAGGCUAUGGGCGCCGUCGCCGCCGCUCACCCCUGGAUGUCGCUCAGUUUACUGUCCAGAAGAAGAUAUCUGUCACUCAAGACAUGGAGAAGGAACCACUGGUGCGCCUGUACAGUACAUCAGGAACACCUCUGGACUCUGUGGAUGACAGCGAGAAGCCUAUAAUAGAUACCGAGAAGAUUGAGUGUGCGUGCUUUCCUUCAGGUCUCAGUGUGUCAGAGUUGGUGUGUGAGUUAUGGAUGAAUUCAAGUUAGACCUUUGGGACUUGACAAGAAUGUUUGUCUCAGCUUCAGCUUCCAAAGUGAGCUUGGCAGCUGAGAUUCAAGGCGAUUCCUGAAGAUGUUCUUAGAAAUACCAAUGAACUGAAGUGGAACUGAGGCUCACAAGGGGAGAAACAAGAGACUGCCAUCAUUGAACCACAAACUGUGAAGUUCAAAGUCCUCUCACAAGUGAAUUGAAUGUGUUGAAGUGCAAUUUAUACAAUAUGAACCAAGCUUAUAAACAAAAAAAAUACAAGAAUAUAUAAAAACAUCCUUGUAUUUCAUCAUAUAGCACAAAUAUAUUUUACACGUCAAAAAUACAUAGUAAAAAAUGUCUCUUAUUUUUAAUUUCAGUGAAGUACCUGGUGUAUCUUUACUGUCUGUUUGUGUAUAUAAAAACCUUGUAAUGUGUGAAUUCAUUAUCAGUGUCUUAACAUUAUUGUCAUGUAUAUAUAUAUAUAUAUAUAUAUAUAUAUCAUCUGGAUAUUAAUCAUAUUUGAGUUUUAAAUACAUUAGUUUGAAAGGUAAAACACAGACAUAGUAACUGAAAAGGUGAAAGGAGUGUUUGGCCAGACUUUAGAAGCCAUGAUGGACUGAUGGACAAAAUCGUUCCGUUAUCAUGUAGAAGAACCAAUAAGCUAAUGUAAGUGUUCUGCUGCCAUCUAGCUUUAUAGUUGCCUUUGAAAAGUAUUCUGAAUGCAGAGCCCAUUGAUUCAAAACUAAGUUGCUUCAACAAAGCAAUGACUGUGGUAAUGUUUCAUUCCAAGAGCCUUAGUUUUGGAAUCUGUCUGCUCAUUUAAAUGUGAUUAAUCAAAAUGUGCUCAUAAUUCAGCUGAAAUUGUUUAAAAAUGAUUUAUGUCUUCUUGUGGCAAAAGAUGGAAAUUGUGAAUGUUUUCAGCCGCAUGCCUUGUCCUCACCCUUGAAAUA